CAAUAAGCACCAAAAACUCCUCCUUAAAGCAACAAGAUGUCCGCCUCGGCUAGCAGUAAAAGUACGCUUGUUUCCUCCAUAAUAUCUGGCAUUCUGAGCCUGGUCAUUUUUGCCACACUACGGUUCUACGCCCAUUGGUUUAAUGGCUCACAGCUGCAUGUUCUAAUAGGAGGCUUUGUUGGAUCUUGGAUUUUUAUAUUCAGCCUGACAUGUUUGUCGAAUGCGGAAUCCAUCAUAUUUGGCCAAGACUUUCAGGCCAAGUUCAUACCGGAAAUACUUUUCUGCUUGUCCCUGGCCGUGGCUGCAUCUGGCAUGGUCCAUCGAGUGUGUGCCACGACAUGCAUUCUCUUUUCAUUUGUGGGACUGUUUUUCAUAAACCGCAUCUCAAAUAAACACUACAACAAUGUGACACCUCCUGUCGAUGCGCCUGUGCGCAAAAGUGGCAAAAAAUUCAAGUAAAAUGACGUCCGCUUUUCUACAUAAAUGAUAUUUUAUAGAGCCACAUGUUUCCAUUUAUCUAUGCCCACAAUAGAAAGCGUUAAGCAUCCAACAUAUGUAAGUUUGUAAUACUCAAGACUACAUAAGGUCUGGAUGCGUUUAUUCGAAGCGAAACGGUAUAAGUAGGAAAUUUGUAUUCCAUAACAAUAUUUAAGUAUAAAAUCUGUGUACACCUUCGUAAAUUGCAAAUAA